AUGGCUCAGGUAAAGCUACCAGGAAGAUGGAGUAGUCCAUAUAUUUAUAGAGUGAUAUGGGCUCUGAAACUAAAAAUAUCAUAUGAAUACAUUGAAGAAGAUCUUUUUAACAAAGGUCCUCGGCUUCUACAGUACAAUCCCGUGCACAAGAAAGUCCCAGUACUUGUUCACGGUGGCAAACCAAUUUGCGAGUCCAUGAUUAUCGUUGAAUAUAUUGAACAGACAUGGCCACAGAAUCCAUUGCUGCCCAAUAACCCUUAUGGGAGAGCCAUGGCUCGAUUUUGGGUAAAAUUUGCUGAUGACAACACAGACAAGGAUUCUCCAUUUUGGUUAUUAUUCCGAUCCAUUGGUGAGGAGCAAGAGAAGGCCCUUAAGGAGAGCUUGGAAAUUGUGAAAAUUGUGGAAGAACGUGGCCUAGGUGAGAAGAAAUUCUUUGGCGGAGACAAAAUUGGUAUAGUAGACAAAGCCUUUGUAGAAUUUGCUUACUGGUUGGGAUUCAUUGAAGAAAUAGUUGGAGUGAAAUUGCUCGAUGCCCAUGCAUUCCCUCGCUUGCAUGCAUGGAAAAAGAAUUUAAAGGAAGUUCCUGUAAUCAAAGAAAACCUUCCUGAUCAUGGUGAAAUGUUAGUCUAUUUCAAGUGGCGCAGAGAAAUGUUGAUGGCAUCUCAGUGA